UAGAAAAAGUUAACACGAACUUCCAUUAAAUCACCGACUCGCAGAACAGAACCUUUCUCUCCCUUUCUCAUCAAAUCUUCUUCUCGAAACCUCGUAAAUUGAAUCUCCCGAGUUCCAAAUCGAUUGAUCGAUCCAUCAAACCCUAGAUAUGGUGAGGAAAAAGGUACCGGAAUGGUUGAAUAGCACCAUGUGGUCUACUCCUCCUCCGCCGUCUUCUUACGACGACGGUCUCCACCGCCAUUCCCCCGUCACUAAGAUGAAGGAAGAGGCACAAUCAAUUUCCGUUGCUCCCAGGCUUAAUUCUGCUCCUCCGCCUUCUUCCACCGCUUCUUCGGUUCCAUCGCCGUCGCCUAGGCCGAGGAACGGUAGCAGUAUUUCUGGCGGUGGUGGCGAAUAUGGAAACUCCGUUGGUCCUUCCGCCGAGGACUUUUCCCGCCAGGCUCAUGUCUCAGCGGAGUUAUCGAAGAAGGUGAUCAACAUGAAGGAACUGAGAAGUUUAGCUUUACAGAGUUUGCCGGAUUCUCCUGGGAUACGUUCUACUGUCUGGAAGCUUUUGCUUGGUUACUUGCCACCUGAACGUUCACUCUGGUCAACUGAGUUGAAACAAAAGAGAUCCCAAUACAAGCACUAUAAGGAUGAGCUUCUGACGAGUCCUUCAGAAAUCACAUGGAAAAUGGUGAGGUCAAGGGGGUUUGACAAUUAUGAGCUGAAGAGUGAUAGUCGAUGCAUGCUUGCGCGGUCCAGAAUAACUGACGAGGACCAUCCUUUAAGCCUAGGGAAGGCGAGCAUCUGGAAUACAUACUUUCAGGAUACAGAGACCAUAGAACAAAUAGACAGAGAUGUCAAACGUACACAUCCAGACAUACCCUUUUUCUCCGGUGAAUCAUCGUUUGCGCGUUCUAAUCAGGAAUCUAUGAAGAAUAUAUUGCUUGUAUUUGCGAAGUUAAAUCAAGGCAUCAGAUAUGUUCAAGGGAUGAACGAAAUUUUAGCACCUAUCUUUUAUGUAUUUCGUAACGACCCUGACGAAGAUAGUUCCUCCCACGCUGAAGCAGAUGCAUUCUUCUGCUUUGUUGAACUGUUGAGUGGAUUUCGAGACUUCUACUGUCAACAACUUGACAAUAGUGUGGUGGGAAUCCGAUCUGCAAUAACAAGGCUCUCGCAACUUGUUAAGAAGCAUGAUGAGGAACUUUGGCGUCAUCUAGAGAUCACCACCAAAGUAAACCCACAGUUCUAUGCAUUUAGGUGGAUCACUCUCCUCCUUACACAAGAGUUUAGUUUCUUUGACAGUCUUCACAUAUGGGAUGCACUCUUAAGCGACCCCGAAGGUCCCCUGGAAAGCCUACUAGGGAUAUGUUGUGCGAUGUUGGUACUGGUGAGGAGGAGGCUAAUCGCUGGGGAUUUUACAUCGAAUAUGAAGUUACUUCAACACUAUCCAACUACAAACAUCAGCCAUCUCUUGUAUGUAGCCAAUAAACUUCGUUCCAAAAUGUUAGUAUAAAGUCUUCUUUUUUGCUAACUUUUGAUCAAACCAACUUUUAGUUGCCUGUUACAAUUAUACAAAGCGGUUUUGUUUUGUUAGGGUACAUUCACUUUACUCUUUAUAUCGCAAUGUGUUUUGUUUGUAAUUUGUCCAACGGAAGAAGGAUGAAUAAGAUACAAAUUGCGGUUAAUUAAGUAUGAAAAUUGUUUUUCGA